GUAAAAUGAAGCAUGAUAGCCAUGAUAGCUAAUACAAAUACCUAACUCAUAAGCAUAAAACAAGCAACGUAAGGUUCCAGUUGAUGAACGAUUCACGGCUGGUGUGUAUCAAGGCUCAAUAACAAGCCGGCCGCCGCCGCGGUCCGCCGGUGACCGGGAGCCGCCGCCGCCAUGGACGGCCCCCCGGAGGCUCCUCCCGAUGAGGAGGAGCAGCUGGAGGAGCUGGAGGCCGAGCAGGUGUACCUGCUGAUGCGCAAGGAGUACCGCAUCUCGCGGAACGUGCGCGCCCAGUGGUACUUCAACCACCUGGACCGCGUGAUUCAGGUGCCCAAACGGCACCGGCUGGAGGAGUUUGGCGAGGAGCUGGACGUGGUCUCGGUGAUCCCGUCGGUACCGCCGCCCGACUGGGACUCGGACACCAGCCACCUGUACCGGUACCGGGUCACGGCGCGUACCGGGCUCACCUUCCUGGCGCACGUGUACCGACUGGUGUUCUGCCUGGACCUCAGCCCCUCCGUGGCCACCGUGGACACCAGCAGCGGAGUGGUGCUGCUGGAUGCCGUGUUCCCCACGCUGAAACGCUGUCUGGAGGGCAUCACACGGCCGUUCUACGUACCGGGCAGUGAGCUUCUGUACAAGCCUCAUCUGUACAUCACUGUCAUCGCACAUACGCCCUUCUUCACCACCCAGACACACCAGGUGCUGGUGCAGGGCUGGCUGCUGACCGAGAACAACCUCACCUCCUUCCUCGACUGUGUGGCCACCAAGCUGAACGACAUCGAGGACAAGUUUGCCGACGUGACGGCCAUGGCCAACGACCAGCUGGAGGCUCAGAGGCUGGAGUCGGAGCGGCUGGUGGGUAAGCUGUUUGAAGACGAGCCCGGUGGAGGGGACAGCUCGGCCGCCUCUCCCGCCGUGCCGAUGGUCUCUCCGGACAUGGGCUUUGUCAACAUGCUACGAUACGGCAUCCUGGCCCUGCAGCUGCUGCCGGAGAACAGCAGCGCAGGUCUGGUGGUGGUGACGGACGGCGCCAUCGGCCUCCCGGACGCCACCAUGUUCGACUCCCUCCUCGUGCAGCUGCGUAACAACACGGUGGCUUGCUCGUUCCUGCGGCUGGGCUCCGGGUGCCAGCCGAGCGCCGGGCUCGGCUCGCUGCCCUACACCGACCUGAUGCACUUCCUGGCCACGGCCACGUGCGGUGCGCUUCUGGUCCGACUGCCGGCCGUGCUCAGAGACUACGACUACGUCAUGAACGUCUAUCACCGCGCCUUCCUCUCCUGGGGAUUCCAAAAGAGUCUGGUGGGCCUCAGCCAGCUGGAGGAGGAGCACGCGACUGGAGCGGGACCGGCCGACGCGACCUGGUCGCCAGAGCAUCCGUCCGGGUACCUGCCCGACACGCGGGAGGACCUCAUCUGCAAACACCAGUCGUCUGGAGAGCUCCGCUCCAGUCUGGAGAGUGUGCUCAGCUGCAGACUGCGGGAGGGGUACAACAUCCGCUCCGUCAGCGUCGAGGACAGCACCAUCCAGAUCGACCUGGUGUUGCCCUGGAAGUACUCCAUCUUCAUCGAGUACCGGCUGAGGUCUGCCUGGCCGGCCACCCGCUGUGCGGACAGCAGCGUUCAGUUCGAGCUCGAUAUCCGAGCCAGCUACGACUUUCUUCACGACGUGCUGGCUCCUUGCGCGGCCAACCGCGCCCGCUCGCCCUACCGCCAGGCCAUGUUCAACAAGUUCUGGAGCCACCUGCAGGCGAUGCGGAACAGCGACCAGUUGCUGGAGCACCUGCACUCGUUCAGCAGCAGUCCCACGCUGUACACGGUGCCGGAGGUGGUGCGCAGCGGCGGGCCGCUCUUCUACCUCUCGGAGACCACCGGCGCGCCGGAGCCGUUCUCAGGCGACCCGACGCACCAGGCGUUCUGCAACUUCUGGACGCCGGUCUGCAUGCUGGACAUCAACAUCUGGCAGAAGUGGAUGCACGCGCACCGGAUCGGUCUGCUGCUCGAGCACGACCACCCGCUGCCGAAGCACCUGUACCUGCCCAACACGAGCGGGCGGUACAACCCGGUCCAGUGCCGACAGGCCGCCAAAGCCGUCACCGCCAUGCUGGCUCAGGUGACCGACUUUGCGCUGCUUGACGGACACUCGUACAUCAAGUUUCUGUAUGACAGUGAGGGAGGAGGGCAGCGUGCGAACCUGGCGGUGCGGCCGCCCUGUAUGGUGGUGAGGCUAGCCUUCCUGGGAGGCACGCCAGGCCACCGGCGCAACCAGAUCGUCAAGGACCUGCGCGAGCGGAUCCUGGCGCUGACGUUCACCGAGAGUCAGACGGCGCUGUCGGCCGACCCGCCGAUCCGAAAACACGCCCGGCUCCUGGAGAAGCCCGACCAGCCCAAGACGGUGGCCAUUGAUGACGGUACGCCCGAGCGGGGAGUGAUGGUCGAACACUACGGAGGCAGCCGCGCCGCCGCCCAGGAGGUGCGCUGCUGCGUGCUGCUCAAGAAGCCCGUCGAGAAGUUUCUGAUUCGGUACGACCGCGUGCCGCGCAACUUUCUGAGCCCUGUGAUCCAGCAGACGCAGCCGGCGGGCCGACCGCGGCCGCGCGCGCCCACCAUGUUCAACACACUGUCCCGCUACCUGCACCACCGGCGCUGGGUGUGGGACAUGCAGGACGCCGGCGGGCCCUCCCUCUCCAUGGCCGCCAUGGGACGCAUCAUCGCCACCGUCAUCAAGACGCGCCUGCAGGAGGGCUUCAGCUUCGCGCACACGUCGAACGGGGUGCUGAACCUGGUGCUGGAGCUGGAGAUGCAGCACCCGCACUGCCGGCCGGCCGGCGGCGCGCUGGCGCCCCAGUCGCACCCGUUCGUCGUUCAGUAUGUGCUGUUUCCUCCACACAUCACGGCUCCGCCCGGCAGUGGCGACAAUCUCUCUGUGUCGGAGGAUGAGCCCGGCGAGGCCGAGAUGGAAUCCAUUGAGUCCGACUCGAUGGCCGAAAUCGUCACAGAGUGCUGGAUCGAGCCGCAGAGCGGUCACCUGGUCACCCAGCGGGAGCGGCAGGUGCACUUCAACAACCUCACCUACGAUCGGGUGGCCGGCACGUUCUACCAGCUCGACCGCGAGUGCAUCUCCACGCUCGUCACCAUGGAGUACCUGGCCAUGAUGUGCGAGACGGCUGGCACGGAGAGCGUGCCCGCGCCGCCGGCUGGCUCGUCACAGUCGCACGUGCCCGGCUCGGCGGAGACCUCCAUUCAGCAGGUGCCGUUCUGCUUCGACCUGCCGCGCCUGCUGAGACGCUGUCAGCAGGCCGAGGUGCUGCUCUCCACGCUUGUGCAGGACCUUUCGGAGCUGGAGCUGCCCUCGCCGGCUGGCGACCCGGACCGCUACGAUCCCGACGCAGCUAACCGCGAGCUCUACCGACUUCUACUGGAUACGGUGGCGGCGCUCCACCAGCGCCAGGUGACGCUCACGGCCCGGGACUGUCGGCAGAUACCGCAGCUGGUGUGCGAGCGGGAGAGGACCGAGCGCCGGCCGCACCCGCCCUUCGCGCCAGACGCCGGCGGCAGGGUGGCCCGCUGGCGCUGCUACGUCAAGGCCAUCAGCCCGACCCACGUCAUGACCACGCUGCUGCCGGAGAGUUUCGACGACCUGAAGCUGCUGAUGGCGUCGGCGGGCUCCGACGGCUGUCAGUACGUGCCGGAGGACGCCGAGGAGAGCCUGCGCGCGCUGUUUGACGCCGACAGUCGCGCCGACAGUCUGGCCGACACAGUGGGCUCCGGCUCGGUGUCUGUGCCGCCGCGCUCCGCGUCCCUGAGUACGCGGCUGGCCGGCUGCGGCCCGGCCGCGCGCAGUCGCGCCUGCUCGGCCGGCGCUGCCGCCAAGAAGACGGUGACACUGGUGGCGGCGGAGACCGAGAGCGAGGAGGGUGCGCCGCGACCGCCGCGCCGCCGCUCCCGUCACCCGUCUUCUCCCUCCAAACUGCAGCACUGCGAGUCAGACCCGGCCCAGUGCCCGCACCGGUCCCGGUCCUUCCCCAACAGCGAUGCGGGCCAGCGGCGGCGCGCCGGCGGCCGCCCCAGCCGGCGCCGACCGGCGUUGCUCGGCUCACUCUCCCUGCCCGUGUACGUGUACGACUGUUCUCUGCGCUCACUGACGCAGCAGCUCGGCUACCGUGUGCGGCCCGGCCGGCCGCCGGACCUGUACCGAGACGCGCGCUUCUCCCUGUCGGAGGCGCCUCCGUCUCCGGGCUGGUCAGGCCGCGGCACGGACGAGCCGGCCGAGGACCCGCCGCACCUGGCCGAGCACUGCAACGUGCUGCAGCUGGCGCAUACGCGCUCCUUUGUGGUCGGCGUGUUCCGCUCACUGCAGGCCUGCCGCAGCGUACACCCUCUGGACGUGCAGUGGGCCAUAGACCUGUGUGACGAACAGCCCCUCGAGGUCGACAUCACCGACUUCCUCAAGACGAUCUGCGGCCACAUCCGCGACUUCACGAUGCGCUCGGCGGAGCAGCAGCGCCACCGGCCGGCCGACUGCGCUUCCGUGGCUGCCUCGGACUGCGAGCCGCACCUGCCGCUGUCCCUGCUGGCCAGCCACCAGCCGUGCGGCCGACUGCAGAAAGUGCACGCUGAGGUGCGCGCCAAGUUCGCCCGUCUGCUGCGGGCCAACUUCGGCACGGUGCCUUCCAGCCCGCAUGUGCUUUUCUACCUGCCGCCCGGGUUGCGGACGGGGCUGGAUGAUGAUAGCACGCUACCUGACGACUACCCAGAGAGAGUGCCCUCGGCGGAUAAUGACACCGGCACCGUCCAGCUCAACGACAUCGACGCGUCGGAUGUGUGGCGAGACGUGCAUCGUCAUCCGGAGGAGAUUUUCAGCGUGGUUACAAAGACGUCUCUGUUGUCUAACGUCGACUCUGAGUCGGUGGGAGAUCUUGACGACCGAGCUGUGGAAGUCGGUGACGAACGGGAGGAGGAGAACAUGCCGCCGCUGUUCCUGCAACUGACCUGCACCACGCGAACGGGUACUAACACGUACACGCGUCACAUCCUCGAUCUGCCCACCUGUAUCGGCGAGCUGGCCGGAGAGAUGACGGAGGCCGAGCUGCCGCUCGACUCUGUCCAGGUGACGCUGGACAUGUUGUGUCUGACGCUGCCCUACCAGGUGGACGCGCGGAUCUCGGAGCACACCAAGCACCAGGUGCGAGCGACCUCGUUCUGUUCGGACGGACUUGGCUCGUCGGAGGUGGUCGAGCUGGGUGCCUGCGGCAGUGACGACGCCAGCGAGCACGACAGCUUCAACGCCAGCCAGCUGGGCGCGCAGCUGGGCCACCUGAGCGAGUUCCAGCUGCAAGCGGUGACCGUGACCAAGGCUGAGGUGCAGUGGCUGCUGACGGACGAGAUUGCUGCCCUGCUGCUGGACAGCUUCCCGCCGCAGCUCGCUGUGCUCACCACAGUGGCAGACCACGUGCGGCGCUCGGCCGGCCAGAUCCAGAGCUCCCGCUCCCGCCGCGGCUGUGUACACAAACCGAUCCCGCUGUACUUUGUGUUCGGGCCGGACAAGAGCAUGGAUUUGUUCAUGCAAGAGUUCCGGCACUUGCAGGUUCCCGACUACAAGCUGGCACAGCUGGACAACCUCUACUAUCUGGUGCACGAGUCGUCCACCACGCAGCCGCUGACGUGGAAUCUGGUGCCGCCCCUGGGCUCGCUGCUGCCGCCGGCGCGCUUCUCGCCGCCGCUCGACUCGGCGGGUCUGCGGCCGCGCACGCCGGACGCCCUGAUGGCACAGACAAUGCUGGCGCGCUCCACCAGCGUCGAUCUGUGCCAGUACGCGGCCAGCUCCGGCUCCGUCUCAGACGCCGACGAGUGCACGCCCGAGAACCACCAGCGGCGGCCGGCGCCGCGCCGCCUGCGCCGCUCCAUGUCGCACCGACCGGAGGCGGCGCUCUGCGGCGAGGACCGCGAGGUGGCGGCGCUGUUCGUGCAGCCCCGGCGCCGACCGCGCAGCCAGGUCUGCGAGCCGGCCGCCGGCGGGCCGCUGGAGACCCGCCGCUGCCGCUCGGCCGCCGAGGUGCGCUCCGAACAGGUCGGCUUCCCGAGCGCCGAGGAGGGAGCUGCGGCCGGCGACAAGACCUGCCGGCCGGACGAGGCCGUGCACCAGGAGGGGUACGAGGGUGACGGCUCUGACUCGGAGCAGGACGUCGGCACGGACACGGAGCGCGGCGAGCACAUCCUGCUGCCGGCCUUCUGGCUGAUCCUGCGCGUCGCCGAGGACGCGGUCGACACCUUCUUCCACUGCCGCUACAGCCAGGAGGACAUCUGUGAGCGCAAGGCCGUGCACGAUCAGGUGAUUGCACGUAUCAACGCCAUCUGUCGGCGGGUGAACCAGAUGCUGCUGCUGCAGCAGCUUGAGCGCACGCGCUACUGCGACAGUCUCCUGGAGCCUGAGUCGAGCGCCGACAUCUCGGCUCGCCGCCGGGCCGGCGCAGAGCAGACGGACGGCGUGUAUGCGCUGUCGGCCGGCGGCUACAUUCGACCGGACGCCCUGUCACCCGACGAGCACAACCUGCACCACCAGGAGGCCAACGUCAGGUACCAGCCGGGCCACUUCAGCUGCGACGUCAGGUGGCAGGCGCGGUUCGCGCUGCACCCGCGGCUGCGCGGCGCAGCGCACGGAGCCACGCCCGGCCUGGCCUACCUGCGACAGGCGCUCGAAACGUUCGCCGUCAGCAACCGGCUCAACAUGUUCGUCUUCAAGGACCCCAAGCUUGGUGACGUCUUCUACCUGAGACUGAGGGAGUGCAGUGGCUCCGGUGGCCAUCCGUCCGGGGACAGUGCGUCGGCCGUCUCCCUGGACGAGCGGCUGGGCACGCAGCCGGCCCGGACCAGCAUCACCAGCCUCACCAAGGACGAGCCGCCGCGUGGCCGGUGUACCUCUGUCGGUGAACGUGACGCCAGCUACCGAAGCGACUCGGAGGAAGGAGUUCUGCUGCUGGUGCAUGGCAUCACGGAGCCAGGUCCGUGCAUCAAGGAGGACCUGGUGCGCCUGCUGCACAGCCGGCUGGACGAGCGGCUCCUGGAGCUCUUCACCAAGGCGCUGCUGAGGAACCCGCAGACCAAGCUGGCGCCGGAGGACGUGCACUUUAUCCAGCCGCCCAACACGCCGCCCGAUCACUGCCUCAAGUUCACCCUGCCGCCGUCUGCCAGCGGUCACCUGUCGUCGGUGGUCGGCUACCUGAGGAACAACCUGCUGCAGAUGCUGCACCAGCCCAAGUACACUGACACCAGGGAGGAGAACCAGUUCCGGGACUGGGGCAGCAGCGAGGAGUCUGAAAUGUUCCUGUACGUGCCGUCUGAGAAGCACGGUGGCCGCGGCAUGGCGUGCGUCUCGCUCUCGGCGGUUCGACCGGCCGGCGCGCCGGCGGCGCCUCCCUCGGACGACGAUCAGCACCACUGGAGCCCCAGUCGGUUCGAGGCGCUCACCACCACUCGGCUGUACGACCCGGAGGUAGACGGCGCUUCUGCCGUGCUGUUGCGGUUCAACAUCUGGGAGAAGGGGCGCGCCAACCUGUCGUGGCUGGAGCCGCGGCUGCCGUCGGCCAUCCGGUACGCCCUGUGGGACCGCUGCAUGGUGUGGCACGUACUGCCGCACUCGCCGCUGGAGGGCGCCGGACCGGGACCGGCGCGCGACCUCUCCGGUGCGCUCAGAGUGGGUGCGCCGCCACCACCUGCACUGCGCUCAUUCUCGCUGUUCGAGUCUCCGGCGUCGAGCCGCGCGGCUGCCUCCGGUAGUGGUGGCGACCAGACCCCGUCCAUCGUACUCACUUCGCCGGCACUGGAGACCGGCCGCCCGCUGGAGGACCCUCCUCCCUCGGCCAUGGCUCGGUUCCUGGACCGCCGCAUCUCGUCACCUCUGACCCAGCUACAGGACCCGCCGGCGGCCUGCUCGUCGGGUCAGUCAACGCCUCGCCGCCCCGCCUCCGGGGAGCCGGUACCUCUGCGACCCAUGUACGGGGACAUGCUGAGGCAGUGGCUGCAGUUCGGCAGUGAGCUCAGCGUGCCCAACCUCAAACGGCACACGGUCGUACUCAGCAACAGGUACACCGUUGGCGCGUUCGUGUCCGGUCUGAUGCGACUCAUUCAGGAAGAGUGUCCGUCUCUGAGCUGCCACAUAUGCCGAGCCGUGGACGGAGGUCACGUGCUGUGUGACAGUGCCGACCUGGACAGUCACGACUGCGAGGGACUGCUGCUGGUCGGACAUGGCCACAGGGAGGACUACGUGCGGAUGGCGGCGCACCGGCUGAGUUUCAGCGGUCAGCUGGGCACCCCGACGCCGGCCGAGUCGACGCAGUGCUCCUCGGUGCCCCCCUCCCCGGGUCCCUCCACGGGCAGCCACUCGUUCCGCAGCCCGGGCGACCUGACCGCCUCGCCCGGCUGUCUCACCACCUCCAUCCCACUGGCCAAACAGAAGCUGGCCUGGGCGCGGGUCAGCGGAAACCAGGUGGAGCUGUACACGUACAACUGGCCCAAGGAGAAGUGGGACCACCUGCACGUCAAGUGCUCGGACCUGUGUCAGUGGACGAACGCGCGCUGCUCUCUGCUGCACUCGAUCGUGGCGCAGAAGCUGGGUCUGUUCCACCAUCAGCCGUUCACCAGGCGGCCCGACCAGGCGGCCGGAGAGGCGCCAAACGCAUACCUGAACCAGAUGCCGCACAUUCUGCACCUGAUCCGCCAGUCGUCGCCGCCGGGCCAGCAGCCGGGCCACCGGAGCCACGCCGGCGCCCGCUCCCGGCUCUUCACCGAGACGCUGCGCGACUGUAAACCGGGCCCGCUGAUGGCUCCCGGCCCGACCGCCGACGCGGUGCUGCGGCACGGAACGCAGCUGUUCGAGGUGCUCAAGGCCAACAGGAAGGGAGACGAGCAGAAGAAGCUCUAUCACCAGUGCCAGACGCCCGAGUCACUGGACAAGGACUCGACCAUGGAGAGCUUCGUGCGCCUGCUGAAGGGCUCCGGCCGGCUGCUCCACUUCUGCUUCUCGCCGCUGCUCUUCCUGCCUUCCUGGCGCUGGCAGACAGCCGUCACCCGAGACCAGGCGCUGUCCACGGCGCGGGAGGUAGCGGCGCGCCCGCGGCCGCCCCGCGCGCGGCACCCCUCCGAGACCUCCUGCCGCUCGGGUGGCCGGCCGUCACCGCGACUGCGGCGUCAGGCAGCCGACGAACGGUGGCACGAAACGCUGUGCUCCUCGCUGUUGGGCGAGUACCUGCAGUACCUGCAGACGAUGCGCUUCCUGCCGCUGCAGUACGGCCUGAAGGGCCGGCGGCCGGACGCCCAGGAUCCGCCCGUGUGCGCCUACCUGCACCGGGUCAUCAUCGGCGGCGGCGGCUACCUCCUCUUCCAGAUCGGCGUCGAGGAGCCCUUCUUCUACGUGAAGCUGUACGCGCUGGAGGGACUGAGGAUGCGACUGCGAGGCCGCGCUCCGCCCGUCAACUCGCAGGCGCUGCAGAGUUUUCUGGUCGAGUGCGACCACAUCCGUGCGCACACGCACCUGCACUCUUACAUGCACGACUACCACCUGCGCAUGAUGCAGCAGUACGUCAGCGGGCGGCCGCUGAUGCUGCGCCAGGGUCUGCACAUCACCUCGUUCCUGGAGGAUUUCUACAACUACUACCCCAAGGGGCCGACGCACGCGAGAAACUUCAUGGCCACAGGUACAGUGACGAUCGAGGAACAGACGUCCACCUCGCCCGACCAGCUCUACAACUACCUGCUGACACACGAGAAACGCUACGAGAUGCGCGUGCUCCGCAUGAUCCCGCUGUUCGAGGACAGCGGCGAGGAGACGACGGAGGACGAGUAUGUACUGAUCCAGCUCAGUCAGCGCGAGGUGCACCGCUCCGAGUCGCCCAAGCAGUCUGUGAUGUACGACCUGGCGCUGGUGGUGUCCAGGGACCUGGCAGAUCCGGCCGCAGACACCCGGCUCCGGCUCAAGUUUUACGUGCUGAUGACCAGCAGACGGGAGAUCUACCCGACCAUGUUCAUCGAGCGGGUGUUUGAGAACUACCGGCGAGUGGACACUGCGCCUGGACUGCAGCAGACUGAAACUUCCGACUCGGCGGCGCCCUCAGGCGCGGGUAGGGUUCCUGCUCCGGAUCGGCGUCCCCAUCGGUCGGAGACCAGCGGCGCCAGCAGUCAGAGCGAUGAUAUGGCCACCAGCAGCUCCGGCAGCGGCUUCUUCAGCUCCUACGGCACGCUCAGGCCCGAGUCGGUGCACUACCUGGGCUACUUCUCGUCCCACGAGCAGUUCAUGCAGUCGGCUCUGGUGGAUGAGGUGAAGCGGGUCCGCCACCGCAUCGAGGAGGUGGUCGAGCGCGCCAAGGUCCACUGCAGCCAAGCGGAUGCGUUCACCAGGCGCGACUCGCUGUGGCAGCGACUACGUGACGAGGAUGACAGGAGUCGCAACUCGUCUGCCGGGCUGAGCUCUAUGCAUGUCCACGCGGUCUGGCGGCCGGCGGCUGAGCUGUGUUUGUCCCUGCAGUCUGCCGGCGGCCUGAGCUGCGCCGAGAUGGCCGAGCUCCUGACACUGGUCUGCUGCCGACCUCUGGACGAGAUGGACCCCCGACUGCGGCCGCUGGUGCAGCAGUCCACCUCCUGGUACACCGGCCUCAUCCGCACCCUGAUGAACAAGUACUCCGACUGCCACCGAUAUUACCAGUCUGAGUCUGGGUGCCAGCGGUUCCUGGUGGUGAUCCUGCCGGCCGAGACCAGCGCCCUGUUCGUGCUCGGUGUGGACGCCGAGGCUCCCUGUCGAACCGUGCAGCUCCAUCUGGUCACGCGAGAGGCUGCGCCGGGUGACACCCCGCAGGAUGGCGUGCCCCCGCCGGCCGCCGCCCCCUCGACUGGAUACGAUCAGCAACUGCUGCAUCGGCUGACAGAGGAGUUUGUCAACUGCUGCUGCUACCAGAUGUGGGCCAGCUUCAUACAGUAGAGGUCUGUGGGACCCAGCGGGCAUACGCUGCGUUAUUGGUAGCGGCCCAGUGCCGGGAGAAAGACAGAUACCGCCAACGAAUACACGCCUUGGUUGUAAACUGGCGAGGGGAUUUGGAUAUUCCAUGGAUGACAGGGGUGGUUUUCAGCUGUGCAGAGGUGUACAGAAUUCACACUGUCUUGGGCGUUCGAUUAGCGUUGUUAGUAGCCAGGGAUGUGUAGCAUGCUGCCUUGAAAAGCUCUCUUGCGAUGCGGUGGUCGCUGAAUCAGUCAGGCAAGGCUCGUGCAGUGACCGUCCGACCCAUGAUGAUACGAGAAGGGGCGUAUUGUGUUCGAGCUUCCCCGCACGAUUGUGAUAGCCGAGUUCGUUGCGGGCGUUGUGUUUGUCACGGGUUUUGAAAUGGUGCGGUGCGUACACAUUACACGUGCCAUUUGUCAUUGUCACAGCUUGUUUCCAUGCUGCUGCUGAUUUUUGUGUCGAACGCUUGUGGCGGCUCAGUCGGGCCGGACCCGCUUUCAGACAUUAGGUAAUGAGCAUCCCGGCGAGCUUAGACUAAGCGUGGAAAUAUGUUAAGUGUAGUGCGAGCUGUUGUUCAUUUGACGGAGCGAUGCGUAUGGGUGAAACAUGUUAUGGCGGACAAGUUACUAAGGUGUGUUAUUUUGUCUCAAAGUGAAACAUAAUUUCUUUGUUAUUGUGUAUCUAUGGGUCUCAUAGGGUAUCAUAUAACUUGAAUGACUGAAUGUCUGUAUGUGAACUGAUUUAUGAAGUGCCAGUUUUUACCGGGAUUGCCCUAUGAAAUAUAAAGUGAACUUAUAGUGCCUACUA